UCGACACACGUAUAACAUUAGAAAAGUGAAUAUAAAUUAUGUAGAAUAUGCUAAUUGAUGGUAAAUCUAUAAAGGCGUUCUAUUUAGCGUUUCUUAUAAAGGAGGUUCUAUUUGCAAUUCAAAUAGUUUUUCACAGAUCGAAGUUGUCAUAAGUCCAUCUGGCAUACGAAGUGUAAAUAAAUUUUCUUUUCCAAAUAAUAAACCAAUGGAUCAAUAAAACCUUCAUAGUUUUGACCAGAUCAAUCCCCUAAGUUCUCUAUCAUAUUUGACAUUGGCUGAAUAUUUUGUGAUAGAGUUCAAAGAAACGCCAUAUCGAAAAAAAAAUGCGUCUAGUUGCAAAACGCCUAUCAGUGAAAAUAAAGUGCUUAUUAAUAACCGGAAUAGUGAUAUCCGUAUACGUUAUCGUGUCGUAUAAUUUAUUUGAUGAUGUGUUCACAAAGAAAUCUAAAGACGAUAUGGGAAUGAGGAAUAUUUCUUAUCUGAAGUUACAAAAUGUUAUUGUCCAUUUGGAUUUCAAAGGUUCUCCGCCGAAAUUGAGCUAUCUGAAGACCCUGUUGCCAAAAUUCCAAGAACUUGGAGUUACGGGUCUCCUUAUGGAAUAUGAAGACAUGUUUCCAUAUAACGGCAGAUUAGUUAAUAUAAGUGCGAAAAACUGCUAUGAAAAAUCCAAGUUGAAGGAAUUCUUGAAAUUGGCCGUACAACUAGGGUUCGACAUAAUUCCGUUGGUACAAACUUUUGGUCACAUGGAACACGUGUUGAAGCUAGCAGAGUUCCAGCAUUUAAGAGAAAUACCCUCUUAUCCAGAUUCAAUAUGUCCGAGUAAUUCAGAAAGCCAGAUGAUUAUCAAAAAAAUGCUUGAACAGAUUAUCAAGUUUCACGAAAAAAUCUUCCCGGUUAAAUAUUUACAUAUUGGCUGCGAUGAAGUAUUCAAUAUAAAUAAAUGCCAACGAUGUCUGAAAAGAAAUUUACCGCAUACAGAAAUUUAUUUGAGUCAAGUUCAAGUUGUAGCAGACCUCGUUAAAACCAUCAGUCCCAAUACAACUGUCUUAGUAUGGGAUGAUAUGUUCCGAGGUAUCCCUAUCAACACUUGGGAGAGGAUAAACCACCAAGUUGAACCUGUAUAUUGGGAUUACGGACCAAGUGUAAGAGUUUCCCACGUUAAUAUGAGAAAGUAUUAUAAGAAAUUCAAGAAUAUAUGGAUCGCAUCCUCGUUCAAGGGGGCAGAUGGUCGAGCAGCAACGUACCCAAACAUAAAAAAGAGACUAUGGAAUAACUUUAGUUGGAUGAAUAAGAUCAGGGAUUACAAAUUUGGCGGUGAAAAUGAAGUAUUCAACUUCGAAGGUAUAAUCUUAACAGGCUGGUCGAGAUACAACCAUAUGGAACCUCCUUGCGAAUUGUUACCUAUAUCAAUACCGAGUUUAUUCCUAAAUUUACUAUUAAUAAAGAAAUUUAAGGAGGGUCUCGAAAAUGUUGAAAGUUUUGACUUAACCGAUUUUUAUAUGAAAUACUUACGUGAUGAAUUUUCUGGUCUUUUACACUGUAGUCAUUUGAUUAAUAUUGAUUAUUUUGAUACAAAUCAAUGCUACUUUGAUGGCAAUGAACUCUAUCAACUCUUUUUAAGCUGGGAUCUGAUUAAUACGAACAUUUUAAAUAGUCUAAACGAUUUCGAUAAUGAUCUAUUUGCCGUAGACUUCUAUUCUCAGACGCAUAAUAUCAACACGAUCAAACUUCGACAGAACAAGGAAUGGGUAUAUCAGUCUAUCAAUGAAGUCGUGUAUUAUAAAAAUAAAAUAAUAACAAUUUUAAAUCCGUAUUACGAUGAUUAUUUCAUAGAGGAAUAUAGCCAUCUAAAAUUCUAUAAAACGAAGGCGAUUCUAGAGGAUAUGCUCAAAGCUUUAAAAAAUGUCUCAAAAAUAAAAACAUGGACGCGACGACCAUACAAGUAUAAUUAA